GCAUGUUUAACUCCGUCUCGAUUUCAGUUUCAUACCCAGUAAUUAUUUGAACUCAAACAAAACCUUCACUCAUGGAGGUCAGUGUUCUUCAAUCCCUAAUAAUGAUCAUGGUGGUGAUGAUUAUGAGUGCUUCAGCUCAAAUACCCACCACCUUAGAUGGCCCAUUUAAGCCAGUGACCCGAAAAUUCGACCCGUCUCUUCGUUUAGGCAGUGAUGACUUGCCCAUGAAUCAUCCCAGGUUAAAGAAGAACGUCACUUCAAAUUUCCCUGAACAAAUCGCUUUGGCACUUUCCUCUCCAAAUUCCAUGUGGGUUUCAUGGAUUACUGGGGAUGCACAGAUCGGGAAGAAUGUCACGCCACUUGAUCCAUCUACUGUUGCUAGUGAGGUGUGGUAUGGCGAUAAAAGUGGGAAAUAUUCGAAGAAACGAACUGGGGUUUCGAUGAUUUACAGUCAGUUGUAUCCAUUUGAGGGACUUCUUAAUUACACUUCUGGAAUCAUUCAUCAUGUCAAGAUUGAUGGUCUUGAACCUGGUUUGACAUAUUACUACAAAUGCGGAGACAGUUCUAUUGGAGCAAUGAGUGACGAGCGUUUUUUUGAAACCUUACCGUUGCCCAGCCCAAACACAUACCCUCGUAGAAUUGCGGUUGUUGGGGACCUUGGCCUCACGGCAAAUACGACAACCACUAUUGACCAUCUCAUCAAAAACGAUCCCUCUCUUGUUCUAAUGGUGGGAGACCUAAGUUAUGCCAAUCAGUAUGUUACAACCGGGGGCAAAGGGGCACCCUGCUUCUCUUGUGCAUUCCCGGAUGCCCCCAUUCGUGAAACAUAUCAACCCCGUUGGGAUGGAUGGGGAAGGUUCAUGGAGCCCUUGAUCUCUAGAGUACCAAUGAUGGUCGUUGAAGGAAACCAUGAGAUCGAGCCACAAGCUGAUGGAGUCACUUUUGAAUCAUAUCUAAAAAGAUUUGCAGUCCCCUCGAAUGAGUCUGGCUCUAACAGCAAUUUCUACUACUCGGUUGAUGCGGGAGGCGUGCAUUUCAUCAUGUUAGGAGCAUAUAUUGACUACAAUAGGACGGGUGCACAGUAUUCUUGGCUUCAAAAGGACCUAAGCCAAUUAGACCGAAGCGUGACCCCUUGGUUAGUAGCUGCGUGGCAUUCUCCUUGGUAUAACAGCUACUCAUCACAUUAUCAGGAAUUCGAGUGUAUGAGGCUCGAGAUGGAAGAACUUCUAUAUCACUAUCGUGUUGACAUCGUGUUCUCUGGUCAUGUGCACGCCUAUGAGCGGAUGAAUAGAGUGUAUAAUUACAGUUUAGAACCUUGUGGGCCCGUAUAUAUAACCAUUGGAGAUGGCGGUAACAUUGAGAAAGUUGAUGUCGAUCACGCAGAUGAACCAGGAAAGUGUCCUUCACCGGGUGAUAACAUACCUGAAUUUGGAGGGGUAUGUCAUACAAAUUUUUCAUCUGGUCCUGCAAAGGGACGGUUUUGUUGGGAUAAACAACCCGAAUGGAGUGCUUAUAGAGAAAGCAGCUUUGGACAUGGCAUUCUUGCGGUCGUGAAUUCCACAUAUGCACUAUGGACGUGGCAUAGAAACCAGGAUAUCUACAAAGCAAACAGCACCGGCGAUCAAAUCUACAUUGUUCGCCAACCUGAAUUGUGUUCAGUUUCUACACAGCAGCAUAGUCAAACGAGGCCAUCGGCUGCAACGGGAUUCGGAGUUCGUGUUUCGUCCUCUUGUGUCUUGAUCUAUCUGAUUGCCUUUACAUGGCUUCAUCUUCUGUAACCAUUGUUCCACAAUU